UGCAAUUAAGAAAAAAACAAAAACUCCAUCAAUACCAGAACAACCAGUAGUGCUAGUGCAGACUAAGCCAUGGAGUCUGGAGAAGAAGGUGUCCAUGAACCCAUCUUGAUUGAAGGGCAUCCUGGAUUGAACCAUAGACUUGAGAAGGUGUUAUCUGACCCCCAGUUGUCAUAUUUUAAGCGUCUGCAGUUGGCUUCAUGGCUGGAAUUAAAGCUACUCUUCCCGUUGGCUGCACCAGCCGUCCUGGUUUACUUAAUCAACAACUUCAUGUCCCUUUCUACCCGUGUCUUCUGUGGUCAUCUUGGGAAUCUUCAGCUUGCUGCUGCUUCCCUUGGCAACAGUGGAAUUCAACUCUUAUCCUAUGGCCUCAUGCUUGGCAUGGGAAGUGCAGUGGAGACUCUAUGUGGGCAAGCCUAUGGUGCUCAGAGGUAUGAAAUGCUAGGGAUAUAUCUCCAAAGAGCAACAAUCAUCCUUGUCCUAACUGGCCUCCCACUGAUGAUGAUUUACAUAUUUUGUAAACCCAUCUUGAUCCUACUUGGUCAAACGGAGGAGUUGGCAUCUGCAGCUGCAGUGUUUGUUUGGGGUCUGAUCCCACAAAUCUUUGCAUAUGCUGUCAACUUUCCCAUACAAAAGUUCCUGCAAGCACAACGCAUUGUGGCUCCAAGUUCAUACAUAUCAGCUGCAACUCUUGUGGUGCACUUGUUGCUUAGCUGGGUGGCUAUUUACAAGUUGGGAUUGGGAUUGAUAGGCGCAUCACUGGUGUUGAGCUUAUCAUGGUGGAUAAUUGUGGGAGCUCAAUUUGGAUACAUCCUGAUAAGCGGUGAGUGUAAGCACACGUGGACUGGGUUUAAUGUGAUGGCAUUUUCUGGGCUUUGGGAAUUUCUCAAACUCUCAGCUGGAUCGGCUGUUAUGUUAUGCUUAGAAACAUGGUACUUUCAAAUACUAGUUUUGAUUGCUGGCCUGCUCGACAAUCCUCAGCUUGCAUUGGACUCUCUUGCCGUUUGCAUGGCGGUGAUGGGGUUGUUGUUCAUGGUUUCAGUUGGGUUCAAUGCUGCGGCAAGUGUGAGAGUGAGCAACGAGCUGGGAGCUGGGAACCCCAAGUCAGCAGCAUUUUCAGUGGUAAUGGUGAACUUGGUCUCUUUGAUAAUUGCUGUAAUAGAAGCUGUGGUGGUUCUUGCUCUACGUCAUGUCAUCAGCUACGCCUUCACAAGUGGCGAGACAGUGGCCGACGCAGUUUCACGCCUCUGCCCUUACUUGGCUAUUACUCUUAUUCUUAAUGGUGUUCAACCAGUCUUGUCAGGGGUGGCGGUUGGAUGUGGAUGGCAAGCUUUUGUGGCACGGGUGAACAUAGGAUGUUAUUACGUUGUUGGGAUUCCAUUGGGCUGUCUUCUUGGCUUCAAGUUCCAACUGGGCGUACAGGGAAUAUGGUCUGGGAUGAUUGGAGGAACUGCCAUGCAGACUAUCAUUUUGCUGUGGGUAACGUUUCGCACCGACUGGAACGCAGAGGUGGAGAAAGCAAAGAUGCGGUUGGAUAAAUGGGAGGACAAAAAAGAGCCAGAUGAAUUCUAGCUGGAGAGGCGACAAAUUCUGGGUCGAAGUAGUUUUGUUAUAGAUGAGCCAUAAACGCCAAGACUUUUCGCCCACCAACUUUCUGCCAUAAACAAUAAAUAAAAUAAAAUAAAAAACCCUAAUGAUCAAAACUAUGCCGGCCUGGGUCCAUUUUAAAUCAGUGCUGCCUUUCAAUUGUUUUAAUUGUCACAACUCACAAAAUAAUGUAGCUAAUUUGACUUCAAAAUGAUUUUGAGGAACCAUAUUAGAUUACUUUUGAAUUGAAAAUCAGCAUUUGUAAUUUUUCCUAUGAGUGAAUAACACUUUUCUACCUUCAGGUAGUUGUAUUUUUAAUAUACCUUUUGGAUCUACUAAUAUAGACAAUUUUUAUCUUCA